GUGUUGCGGGUUGACCCAUACUCCUUCACUUUGCAUCGCUGACUGGUCGAGACGCCUGACCUAGGAAAGGCGCCACCGGCAACCAUGCGGCGUAUCAUCGCCGCCCUGGCCUUCUUGGCCCUCGCGGCCACGGCCAUGGGCCAGAAUACCUUCCCGUAUGCGACCUGCACGAAGCAGUUGUCGAAGAGCACCUACUCAGUGGUGCCGUCCACCACCUUCCCGGCUGCCAACACCAUCUGCUGGACGAUUAAGUAUUCGGCUGCUCAGUGCACCGUAGCCAGCAGCUGCUGCUCGACGAAUGUGCACAAGUUCGAGCUUGACGUCAAGCCCAGCUGCAUGUCCGGCUUCAAGGCCACCGGCACCCUCAACGGCAAGGCCACCGUCGCGCCCGCCAUCAUGCGCCCUCCCAACGCCAACGCCACCCAGGCUGUGCUCUACGUCACCAGCCUCAACCUGGACAGCACCAACGCUGACGGUGCCCAGCUGUGCGUGACCAUCACCAAGGGCAGCUGCACCACACUGUCCGCCCUGACCGUCAACCCCAUCUGGUCGGCGGCCCUGUUCGACGCCAGCCACGUGUGCUGCCCCGUUAUUCGCGGCGCCUCGCCUCCUCCUCCCUCUCCUCCUCCCCCCUCUCCUCCUCCUCCCCCUCCUCCUCGCCCGCCUCCGCCCUCGCCUCCUCCCCCCUCGCCUCCUCCUCCCUCGCCUCCUCCUCCGUCUCCCCCUCCUCCCUCGCCUCCUCCCCCGUCUCCCCCUCCUCCCUCGCCUCCUCCCCCGUCUCCCCCUCCCCCCUCGCCUCCUCCUCCGUCUCCCCCUCCUCCCUCGCCUCCUCCCCCGUCUCCUCCUCCUCCCCGCCCGCCCCCGCCCUCUCCUCCUCCUCCCUCCCCGCCUCCUCCCUCUCCCCCUCCUCCCUCGCCUCCUCCUCCCUGCUCCGCCUGCCUCACCUGGGAGGUUGUCGGCAACCUGGCCUUCUUCGAUAACGUCGACAACUGCAACGUCGCCUCCGCUGCCAUCAAGUCCAUUCUGAGCAGCUUCAAGACCUCCAAGAAGAUCAUCAGCGGCUUCGACACCGCCACCUGCAACGGCAACUACGUCCAGACCUGCGGCUCCUUCUGGAGCGUGGAGGCCGGUGCCCAGGUUGCCAACGCGCUGCAGGGUGUGGGCUCGGGCUUCGUGGUCAGCCCCGUGUUCGGCUACACCACCGACUGCCCCGCCGUGCUGGCCGGCUACGCGGUGCGCCUGGUGUCGAACAACGCCGUGUGCGCGAACGUGCAGAUUGACGCGCCCGCCUGCGCCCCGCCCACCACCACCUUCCCCUUCUGCGUGUGCAACAAGGAGAGCGGUGCGACGCCCUUCGCUCUGCAGCGCCAGAUCACCGAGACCGUGGGUGUCAACACCAACACUUACUGCGUCGGUGUCGAGUCCGUCACCCCCAACGCGGGCAAGUGCGGCCAGCAGACCGUCAUGAAGAAGGCCGAGUUCUACUUCGACCAGACCAAGCGCUUCCAGCUGGUCUCCAUCAACGUGCGCUACAACAACGGCACCUCCUUCGGCCGCUCCCAGUCGUGGGGCCCCACGGGCGACAACACGCUCAAGGUCAGCGACCUGAACUGGUCUGCUGCCGACGUGGCCGCUCUGGAGCCCGAGAUCUGCUUCGAGCUGAAGAAGACCACCACCCUGGAGCAGUUCUCCAUGGACCCUCAGGGUUACAUCUGGGCCUCGCUGUUCGACCCCAACCAGAACUGCUGCCCGACCUACUACGGCGUGGUCUACUAAGCGCCGCCUCAUCAGUCCAUGGCGCACCAGUGUUGCGCGUACGGAUGCAAUGAUGACAGUGUAGUGAAGUGACCCGUCAUUCAUCAACCUGGAUCAGUCCGUGGUGUCCGGUCCACGCCUCUCCCUUUGACACGACGUGUGCACUGUGCUUAACGACUUGUAUUCGAGCGCCCGCCGGUAUUUUUGCUGACUGUAUUGCCCGUGCGAUCCAAUGAUGGAACCGGCGCGACGUGACCGCUCCUUUAACUGCGUGCACGCAUAAACUGGUCGGACGUUUAUACCGAAAUGGUCUCGCGCGCUGUUUCCAUUUUGUGCGUGCAAUUGCUGUCGGUGCUGAUGUUGUUGGUUGGUUGCAAACCGUUGGACAUCACAACCGCGGCGACGGCGUGCUGGGUGUGAAUACGGCACUUUCGAAGUCAAGAAAUGAUUCGCUUGCGUGUCAAUAACAGGUUGUUGAGAGAGGUUGAGCUGUAACUUCGCUCCUGUAUUAAAGAUUGUUGAACGUUGCACGCUGUGCAUUUCUGCAGCUGUUGGACGUUGCUCUGCUAUCCAACACGCCGUGAUGGUUGUGUGUUCAUGGGUGGUAUCACGUUCCCCUUGCGGCAGCAUGUGCAUGAUGAUAGCUGUACGUGGGUACGACAUUCUUUGUAACCAUUUGUCGU